UAACCGCAACCCUGUAUUAUUAUCACAAAAUAUCACUACACUGAAAAAAGAGGAUAGCAGAAGAGCUUCGCCGUUUCAACAACUAAGCUAUUUUAAGAAACUCCCAGAAGAAUUCCAUAUGAUUCUUGUUCAGGCACACCCUUUUCUCUUUCAACCUUCUCUUUCUCCGGUUCUUCCUAGAGGUUGUCCAGGCAUAUCAGCCUUAAGGUGCUCGGCUGAGCAUCCCACAUCAAGUAAGGCUGUGGUCAGAUGUUUAUUAUCUGGGCUCACUGCAUCAUGUAUAUUUCUUUCCCAAUCAAACCAGGUUGUUUUGGCAGAUAAAAUUGAUCACCAUAAUUUAUACCUGCUAGCAAGUGCCACAAAUAACAAAGUAACGCUGCCACUUGAUGAGAAGUCAGAUGAAAAAAGUGGGAUGUUAAUGAUGAUGAGAGGUAUGACAGCUAAGAAUUUUGACCCAAUCAGAUAUUCUGGUAGAUGGUUUGAAGUAGCUUCCCUGAAACGUGGAUUUGCUGGGCAAGGUCAACAAGACUGCCACUGCACUCAGGGUGUAUAUACAUUUGAUAUGGCAGCACCUUCUAUCCAGGUUGAUACCUUCUGUGUUCAUGGGGGUCCUGAUGGAUAUAUCACUGGCAUAAGGGGAAACGUUCAAUGCCUUUCAGAACAAGAUUUGGACAAGAAUGAAACAGAUCUAGAAAAGCAAGAGAUGAUUAAAGAGAAGUGUUUUCUUCGUUUUCCCACUUUGCCUUUUAUCCCAAAGGAGCCAUAUGAUGUGAUUGCUACAGAUUACGACAGUUUUUCGCUUGUUUCAGGUGCAAAAGACAGAAGUUUUAUUCAGAUCUACUCAAGGACACCUGACCCUGGACCUGAAUUUAUAGAGAAGUACAAGAGUUACUUGGCAAACUUCGGGUAUGACCCAAGCAAAAUCAAGGACACUCCGCAGGAUUGUGAGGUUAUGUCUAACAGUCAGCUAGCAGCGAUGAUGUCCAUGUCUGGAAUGCAACAGGCUCUAACCAACCAGUUUCCUGAUCUAAAAUUGAAGGGCCCCAUUGAACUUAACCCAUUCACAAGUACAUUCGACACAUUGAAGAAGCUGGUUCAGCUUUAUUUCAAGUAGCUUUGCAGCUUCUUGAAUUGUCAUUGUGCUUUUGUAUCCGUAUGUAUAGAACUGUUGGAGGCAGCAUACACAAAUUCUCCCCCUAAUGGCAAUAUUUUUCUUGAUAA